AUGCCUUUACCUCAAGUUGUAAACCUUUUUCAUUCCUCAACUCCCCUAGAAGCUCCAUUUCGUAGCCUCAUGAAUAAAAUUACUGUCAAAGAUGGACAACCUCCACUAUGCAUAAUCUUUGAUGUUUUCAUAGGAUGGGCUACUGACGUCGCCAAGUCUUGUGGAACUGUGAGUGUAUCUUUCACCACAGGGGGUGCCUAUGGCACUGCAGCUUAUGUUUCUUUGUGGCAGCAUCUCCCACACCGUUCAACUGGGGAAGACGAGUUUUGCCUAUCGGGAGCAUCUCCCACGCCAUUCCACCAAGGAAGAAUUCAUCACAAAAUUGAUGGUUUCCGCGUGUUACAAUCAUCCAAUUCACCUAGAGGAAUUCAAAUUAAGAAACAAACAUCCAUUGGUGUUUGCCAAUUGCAUCAAUUACACAAUCAAUUAUUCAAUUUCAACUAUGAGUUGUUGUGUGUGGGUGCUAGACUUGAGAUUCGAAUCCCAAGUUUGUAG